GCCAUAGUAAACACGCAGACAGGCGACGUGAUUUGCAUAUUACUUUGUUUAUCAUUUUUACAAAAUUCAAUGAGAGGUUAUUUUACUGACAUAUCACAAAAUGUAGGAACACCUUAAUCUGGAUUAUCUUUUAUAUCAUAAAGAUACGAACAUCGAAAAGAAGGGAAAAGGUGAAGUGUACCACGCAUGUAUCAUGCGACGUAUGAACAAAAGUUCAAGUGUUAAGUGGUGAUGACUUAGCUCAGCUGUAACAGAGAAAUUCAAGUUCCUGUUAUUAAAUUUACGCAAAAUCUGUUUGAUAUCACGUGUACAAAUAUGGAGUAUAUAUAUGGCAUCUUCAUCAUCGCAGCGUUUCCUGUAGUUUUCACAGAUGCUGUGGAGAGCUGGAGCUACUUUUCCUUUGCCCAGCAGUGGCCAAUUGCUGUGUGUGCACAGCACACACCUUGCAAGAUACCCCAAUCCGUGCAAGGCUGGGGAAUCCACGGAUUAUGGCCAUCUGCAGACUCUAAAAGUAGAGGACCAGAAAAUUGUAACUCUUCGUGGCCUUUUGACAUAAAUGAUGUCAAGCCAUUGGUAUCAGAUCUGAAGAGGGACUGGCCAAAUCUUUUUCCUGAUACAAAGGAGAAUAGUUUUUGGAAACAUGAGUGGUCUAAACAUGGAACUUGUGCUAUCUCCUUGCCUGCUACCUCUAAUCAGCUAAAAUACUUCAGUAUGGGACUUCAGUUGUAUAACAAGUACAACCUUACAAAAAUACUCCUGAACCAGGGAAUAAUAACAAGCAACACAGCAGGCUACAUGGUUAAUGCUACAGAGGCAGCUCUGAAAAGAGAACUUGGUGUGAAUACUGUGGUACAGUGUGUUUAUGACAAGGAGAAAACAAAGAAACAGUUGCUGUAUGAAAUAGAGAUUUGUGUGAACAAGAAAUUUCAGUUAAUAGACUGUUACAAUGAUAAAACUCCCCAGAGCACCUGUCCGAAACACGAGCCAGUCUUUUACCCGCCUCUUCAUGAUGAAGAACUCAAGGUUGAACUCUCUGUGAUCUGAUUGAUUUCGACCAUUGUGUUUAGUUUUAUAGCUCACAGUGUGUCUUCCCUUAUAUCAAACCCCAUUGUGAUCUUUUAAGAGGCUGUCCCCAAAAAAGUCAGGCAGGCAUUUGCAUAAAGAAUAUUGUGGAUCAACAAAGUUUUUAUUAAUUUAGAAUUAUGAAUGCACAUUAUGUAAAGAUAUUAAUUAAUUUUUGAACUAUGGAAAUAUGUUGGUUAUAAUAUCCCAUAAAAGUCACAAUGUAAACUAUUAUUUCAUAUGUAUCUUGUAGAACGAGUUUCGAUUGGUUAACAAACUGGGUGUAAAUUUCCGUACACCAUACUGAAGCUAGGGCUAAAUAACUUAACAUCACAAAGCAUUGUAUCUGUGCAUGCUAAGAAAAAAAUCAUGACUUUUGUUCCAUUGAACAUCUUUGUCACGAUUCCACACAUUAUGUUAUUUACAACUGGCUUAUUGAACAUGUAAAAUAUCUUGCAUGAAUUUCUUAUUUUAAUCACUAAAUAAUUACAUGCAAUAUCAUAUGGUUACAUAGGAAAUAAAUUUUUUAUUCAGGUCCUCUCGAGGUUAUGUGGGGAUUUAUCCUGGCUUUAUUUGAGACCUGUAGCCUCAGGAUGUAUGGAAUACAGGCCAGGGUUAAUCCCCGCACACCCUUGAGUGAAUCUGGAUAAAAAAUAUUAUAAAGGGUAGAUAAGUUGAUAACUCUUGUCACUGCACUACAUUUUUUUUUAAAAAAUAUAGCAAAAAUGUACUCUGUAUUACAUCCAAUAUAUUUAUGACAGGAAAAAAUAUUACCUUUGAUGAAAUACAUAGUAGUCAAUGUAACCCCCCCCCCCCCCCCCCCCCCCCCCAAAUGUUAGGUCCUGACAUGAAGUGCUAUUUAUACUAUACACAGUGUCAGAUUUCAAUGGACAUCAUCUUUUAAAAAUGAAUUUGCUCAUAUUAAAACUGGUACCUGUUGUAUCUUAAGAUAUUUCUUAACAUUCCCCAGUAGCAGUGUAUGUUCUAUUUUAACCUUUAGUCUAUUUGAUAUUAUAUGUGAUAUUAUGUAAAUGCAUUGCUAAUUGUAAAAUAAUUGUCUUAAAUGUUUCUAAAGUAAAACUUAGUGAGUUGGAAGAAAGAAUUGUAUUUAUGGUGUAGUUUUCACCACUGUAAAUAAAGAAGAUACUCUUUUAAUGUUGAAAGGUGUGUGGUAUUAGCCCACAGGUGCUUGUUUCAUAGACUUUGUAAGCUAUGCUAUUUAUAACACAUAGCUUACAAAGUCUAUGAAACAAGUACCUGUGUAUUGGCCCCCUGAAUUGACUUUAUUUUGAUGAAGAGUACACACGCAUGUAAAUGUGGGAUAUUUAUAGAACAAAUUCUUAUGAUUCCAAGGUAAAUAACAUUAUAAAUGUUUACAUUUCCAGAAUUUCUUUUUUUGAGUUUUGUUGAAAAAGUGCACAAUAUUCCAGUUUCCCUUUCUGCAAACAUAGGGUGCAUUAGAAGAUACAAUACAUUUUAUUACAACUUGUGCAUUAUCACAUAAAAAUUAAACAUGCAAGACUGAUUUCUUCAGUAUAUCAGACACCCAUGCAAGAUUUUUCAUGGUGAAGUAAAAUUAUUUGUAUUGUUUUCUUUAAAUUUCAAUUUGAUGUAGCUUAUCUUUGAGCACUCUUGUGCAAACUAUUUCCAGAUAUGAUCUUUCUAACUGUCUCAUUAGGGUUUUUGCAUUUAAGUUCAAAUGAGGAUUUUUAUUGUUUUGAAUUUUAUCAGCUUUCCCAAUUAACAUCAAAGUGAAUGAAAUGCGAGAAAAUAAUCCUUCAUUUACUCAUUUGAGAUAUUGAAACCCAACCUCAGGAAUUUUCUGUGUUUACACCUGUAGAAAUUUAUUUAAAAAAAAAUUCUGAUGUCUACAUAAACUAAAUGGUUUAUUUUAAAAUUACAUUUUUGUAUAAUUAUAGAAAGUUUCUGUUUCAUCAUAAUCUUUACAAUGUAUAUGCAAAACAAAUAUCAGGAAUUUACAUUCAUUGUUAUGUGCCUUCAGAUAUGUUUUUAAUGCAAUGUAGAGAUAAGAUCCAACAUAACAUACAGUGAAACACAGUUAUAGAGAACACACUUAUAAUGAAUUUAAUGCUUACAGUGAAGUGAUUUUCAUUCCCUGUAGUUUUAAAACAUAUUAUGAACUUAUUGGAUAUAACAAUUUACAUUUGUAAUAAAUCAAAAUUGUUCUAGCACUUUGCUGUGUUUUACUGUAUAUUGUAUAUUGAAUUUCAGAUUGACUCAUUUUUGUUCUGAAUGACAUAAUAAAAAGGUUUCAGUUGCAAAACUAUAGAUUUCAUAUUGUAUGCAUGUUCUUAAUUUGACUAAAUAGCUGUUCAGCAAUAUGUGAAAAUGUUAAAUUGCAAUCGCUAUACUCCUAAAGACAUGUAUCUAUUUAGAUUAGUGGUAAAUAAGAUAAAAGCAAAAACUAAUGUAAAUAUUAAUUACUUUGUAAAUUAAGGAAUCUGCAAUAUUUGGGACAUAAAUGAAAUUAGAAUA